UAAAUAAUAGUUUUAAUCUUAAAAAAAAUAAACCACAUAUCGAACUAUCGAGAGUGAAACGAAGGCGCCGUGUUCGAACAAUUAUCCAAAGAAACCGAAGCGAAGAAACUGAAGUGCAAUCAAAUCUACAAAAGAGUGUCCCCACAAUUUUCUUCUUCAGUUUUUUUUUUGUUUAUUUUUUUUUUACUUUUUUUCUUUUUUUAAUGUAUAAAAUAUAAAAAAUAAAAAAGAAAAAGAGAGCAGCAGCCAUGGUAAUCGUGUGUGAGACAAAGGAAAGUGGCAGUUGAAGCCGCCACACUACAAAAGCAACAACAAUAACAACAACAACAACAAAUCUUCAUCAAACAACAACAACAACUAAACCUCAGGCGGCAGUAACUGCAACAACAACAACAAAACCAGAGUUCUGUUCAUAUUUCUGUCAAAAUAUGGGCCAGGAGAUAUCGCAACAGCAAACUCAGCAACAGCAACAAACUCCACACCAACAGCACCACAACCACAACCACAGCCACCACCAACAGCCAACGCCCCACCACCUGAAGCGUCAGAAUCAGCGCAAGAGCAUACCAGUGACCCCCAGCAACAACCAGCCCAUCUACACGCCCACCAGCAACAUCUCCAGCAACUCGUCCAUUUCCAACGACAACCAGAACUACCGACUGCGGCACAAGUACAACCUCAGCAAGCAGACCUACGAGCGGACCAAGAUCCUGGGAACGGCCUCGAACACGAGCCAGUCGGACACGGACUCGCACUACGCCAAGUUGAACCUUCAGCGCAGCAGCUCCCAGAGCUCGGACAGCGGGAUAUACAACUCGUCCUGCCACUGCAGCUCCAUCUCCUCGCUGUCGGCGGUGAGCAGCAGCACCAACAGCAGCCGCAGCAGCAGCACCAGCAGCAACUCCAGUCGCGGCUGUCCCAGCUCCCUGCUCUCCAGCAAGUCCAAUAAGUCCCUGGACAAGCAGAAGCACUACCUGAGCCACCACCUGUACAUCAAGUCCUACUUGGAUAUCUUGGAGGAGGACGAGCGAGCGCGGGCCCACUUCAAGUCGGCGCGUCCGGGCGGCAUCCGGAACUACACCCCCAAGAUCUUGGCCUCCAGCGGCGGUGAGGCCACCUCCACCAACGCGUCACUGUCCUCCAGUGCUCCGGCUCACUGCUACGGGCCUGGCAAGCGGACAUCCGGAACGAGCUCCGGAGCAUCAUCCGUCACCGGCAAGCAUUCCCAAGAGGACCCCUGGAUUUGA